AUGCUCCCUAGAACCAAUUUGAUAGUUACCCACUUGAAGCAAUGCUCCAAGAUCAGAGAUUUGGAGUCGGGACUAGGCAAUAUGAUCAAAGUAGCAGCAACCCAAGAUUGCUUUCUGAUGAACCAAUUCAUCACGGCUUGUUCUUCCGUUGGCGCGGCGGACCAGGCCGUCUCCGCGGCUGCCCAGAUGGAGAAUCCGAAUGUUUUUGUUUUCAAUGCGAUGCUUAAAGGAUUUGUCGAGAAUCGUCGACCCAUUGAUGCUGUUGAGUGCUAUGUUCAGGUGCUGAGAGCUCAGUUGUCGCCAACGAGUUAUACUUUUUCGUCUCUUGUUAAAGCCUGCGGCUUUGUAGGCGGCGACGGUGGGAGAGUUGGCGAAUCAGUUCACGGGCAGAUUUGGAGACAUGGGCUUGCUUCGAGCGUGUUUGUCUGCACGACGUUGAUAGUGUUUUACUUUGAUUUUAAGAGAAUCGGUGAGUCCAUCAAGGUGUUUGAUGAAAUGCCUGAGAGAGAUGUCUUCGCUUGGACCACGAUGGUUUCUUGUCUUGCUCGUGCAGGGGAUUUGAAUUCCGCAAGGAGGUUGUUUGACUUGAUGCCUGGAAGGAAUAUUGCUUCUUGGAACACAUUGUUGGACGGGUAUGCAAGAUUGGGGGAUGUAGAGUCAGCUGAAUUGCUAUUCAAUCAAAUGCCUGCUAAAGAUGUUAUUUCAUGGACUACGAUGAUCAACUGCUAUUCCCAGAACCAGAAGUUCAGAGAAGCACUAGGAGUCUUCAAUGAGAUGACCAAGAAUGAGGUUAUCCCUGAUGAAGUGACCUUGGCAAGUGUGAUUUCAGCAUGUGCCCAUCUCGGAGCCCUCGACUUAGGCAAGGAAAUCCAUCACUAUGUGAUGCAAAAUGGCUUCGACCUUGAUGUCUAUGUUGGAUCUUCUCUGAUCGAUAUGUACGCAAAAUGUGGGUCCUUAGAGAGGUCCCUGUUGGUGUUCUACAAAUUGAGACACAAAAACCUCUUUUGCUGGAACUCCAUCAUCGAGGGGCUCGCAGUCCAUGGAUAUGCAGAAGAAGCUCUAGCAAUGUUUUCCAAGAUGAAGACGGAGAAAAUCAAACCCAAUGGGGUGACUUUCAUCAGCAUCCUAAGUGCUUGUGCUCACUCAGGGCUCGUUGAAGAAGGCCGAAAGUGGUUUGAAAGCAUGACUCGUGAUUAUUCUUGCCCUCUACAACUGGAGCAUUAUGGUUGUAUGGUUGAUCUUUUGAGCAAAGCCGGAUUGCUUGAAGAAGCACUCAGGCUUAUCAGAACCAUGAAGUUGGAACCAAAUGCUGUUAUUUGGGGAGCAUUGCUUGGCGGAUGCAAGCUUCACAGGAACUUUGAGAUUGCACAGAUUGCUGUUGAGGAGUUAAAGGUGUUAGAACCGGGCAAUAGUGGUCAUUAUGCUCUUUUGGUUAGCUUGCACACUCAGGUUAACCGGUGGAGUGAUGCAGCAAACAUUAGGUGGAAGAUGAAGGAACUUGGAGUUGAAAAGUGUUCUCCUGGGUCCAGUUGGAUUGAGGUGGAGAAGAGAGUUCAUCAGUUUGCAGCAUCGGACAAGUGUCACCAUUCCUCGGAUGACAUAAUGUCCGUGUUAGAUCAAUUAGAUGGACAGUUAAAACGAGCUGCAAAUAGACCUCCUGGACUCCGUCUUUAG